AUGGCGAGUCUGUUUAUCAAUGGUUUAUAUUAAAUAUAAAUUUUACAAAAUGGCGUCGUUAGUACAGAAUAAUAAUGAGCAUUCACUGACGUCACCGGAGCAAAAAUGCACCGGUGAUUUUGGCGCGCUUGUGGGUGACAAAAGUCCGUAGCUUCCAGGAACCACGAACCGCGGACUUUGGAAAGUCUAGUUUCAAAAUUGUGUUCGGCUUUGUUCUAAUUUUGGAUAUUUUAAUAAUAAGGAGCAAUUCACACAAACGUUCAGAAAUAUAUCGCAGUCGUCAAAGAAAUCGCCAUAUCAGCGGAAUGACGAAAUAAACAAAAAUUUCCGAACACAAUUUUUUAAAACAACUAUUUUACUGUAUAAAAAUGAUAUUUUCAUAAAUAUAUCGUAAAACCAGCAGGAACAUAACUCAAAAGCGUAAAGGUACCGCGACUUAAUAUUUUCCCGAAUAAUUCUUGCAUUAUUUUAUUGUUUGUCAAUUUUACAACUUUACCAUAUUUUGCAUGCACUGGAGAACAUUUGGUGAAAAUUUGAUGAAAAUCGGACUGAUAUUGAGCGCGCAGUAGCGAUUUUCCGCAAAACGCCAAAAAGGGUGUGCUGUAACCUUAAAAGCCAACAGAGUAAAAGUAACUUCACUUCAGACAAUAAUAUUGCUCCAAUUAUAAAUUCUGAAUCAAUUAAUGUCGGACCUACAGCUAAUUCAACUAAGAUCGAUAGUACUGCCACGAUUCCUAUAUGCAAACAUGGUCCAAAGCGGUCUUGUGCUCAAUUACGGUCAACAGUAACCUGUCAACAAAAUACCAACCCUCCCGGAGUAGCUCAGCUUUGUCCUGUUAGCAGUAACAAGCCAAAUAACAAGUUAACGCUCCAGGCCUAUCAUAACUCUAACAAACACGUUACCCAGCAAAUCGAAGAUGCACCAGGAAUAAAUAAGGGUCAACAGAAUCGUUAUAAAGUAUGUAAAUCCACCUCCGAUCGUAAAUUAGAAACUCCCAAGGCCAAUCCUGAAGUAAUUAAAAUUGGAUCGAUUGCUAAUACAACCAAACCCCUUAGCGUAGGCGUUGGUUCUGCUAAACAUGAAUCAAAGCAGUAUUACGCUCAUCAUUACAACUUAGUCAGUCCUGUAAAACAAAGUAAUUUCCAUCAACAUUCCCAAGCUAUUUUUCGCCCACAAUCAAAUGUCAGUUGUGAGAAGCCAAAACCGGGAAACGAACAGAAUGUACAACAUAUUUCAAACCUUAGUUGUGCUAAUACUGGCGAAAGUCAGUUGGUAUCAAGUGGGACCGGAUCUUUGAAAUGGUUGGACCGCCUACCUCCGGUUGAAACGCCUAACGCGACAGGUAGUAAACCUAUGCAUACAUCUCGAAGUGGGGCCGAACCCCUCGAUUGGAUAGGACGGUCGCCUCUACUUGUUAAUUACUCGACACAUACGCCUCGCUCACGCCAGACUCAAAGGAAUGAAACAGGAAAGAUGAACUGGCAUACGUUUUUUCGGUCGCGAAUCAGCCAGCAGGCAGACUGAUUGAAUUACCUGGAGUUUGUCCAUCGCACAUUGCAAUAAACUUGGAGACUUCUGUCGCAGCUAGUAACAACACUAUAAUCACUCUGGAACGAAACACUAUACCAGUUAGAAUCUCAACGAGAAAUCGUUAACAAAGUCCAAAGCAAAGAAUGCGCAUAAUGACUGCAUACCCGUGAGGAAAACCUUGCGUAGAAGAAACUUGAACAACUUAAUAUCAAUCAAUUGCAACUCACCGAUCGCGAAUGCUACGUCCUACUACAAAAAAGUUCCUUACCCUCUUUGUUCCUUUCUAAUACAAGAUCAUUCGUUAAUAAAAUUGAUGAUCUGGAAGUUGUCAUUAACCAAAACGACGUGGAUAUAGUUUGUAUUACAGAAACUUGGCUGACCAAUAAUAUUUCCAACUCAGUAGUCGACAUUAGUGAUUACACGCUAGUACGAAAAGAUCGAAGCGCUGAUAAACGUGGUGGUGGUGUUAGUACGUACAUCAAAUCAUCAAUUGAUUUCACAACAAUUGACGAACUUAAUUAUUCCCCAUUUGAAUCUCUUUGGGUAUACCUCCGCCGGAACAGACUCCCACGAGGCUUUACUUGCCUAAUUAUCGGUGUUAUAUACCACCCACCACAAGACGAUGAUGCUACUUUUACGGAUCACCUAAUUUCAUCAUUGGAUGCUGCUUUGAACAAAUAUCCUAAUGCUGGAAUUAUGUUGGUUGGCGAUUUUAAUCGUUUAAAUUACCGAUAUAUUAGUAACCAUUUUAACCUGCAACAAACCGUUAAAAAUCCAACACGCGGUGCUGCAAUCCUCGACCUAAUUUUCACCAACCUGUUUCACCAUUAUAACACUCCUCAAAUUCUACCCGGAAUCGGCUUAAGUGACCAUAACUCCUUACUUAUUCGCCCUUUAAGGAGAACUCACAAAACGAAAGUAGAAUCAAUUUUUAGAAGGAAUGUAAAGCCAAGCAUGAAGGCCUGUUUUGGAAGAUGGUUAGCAUCUACUGAUUGGUCAUUCCUUGAAACACUAUCAAACUGUACGAAAAAACUCGCUGCUUUCCAAUCUUUGCUAAAUUUUGCUAUUGAAAUUUCUUCCCACUCCGAAAAAUCAAACAACACCCAACAGACAGGCCUUGGAUUACUCCUGAACUGA